CCUUUUCGAGACCCAUGUCAUUCACCGCUUGUGAGGACCCGUCCCGGGGCUUAUCGGUGGUCUGUCAAAUGCUUUCAUCCAUGAGUAGAGCACCCCGGGGGUUGCCGGGUCAAAGCACACCACAGGAUGAAAAUCGGCCGUCUCAGUUGUGUGCAUGAUUACCCCAAGAUUUGUCCUGCGGUUGACUGGUUUUAAGGUGCACCCGGUUUCUCCCGUUGCACCCGACCUCCUCGCAGGUGCAUUUCUCCUCUUUCCCGGGGUCACAGAUUCUAGCCUUCCUAUAGCCCGGGCUUGCGAUGAUGAACGCAGUAGACAAUAUAAAUAGCACCGAAAUCCCCAUGUGUUCCAGAAAUUAUCAUAUUCAUUAACAUAUUCAGUACUCAAAAAUGGUACCCCCCACAGCCGUUGAAUCUUCUUUAAACUUCGCUGGACACUCGUCCAUUAAAGCCAUCGAGGACCCUUUGGUGGAGCAAUUGUCUCUCCAAAAGGAUGUCGUCAUCAGACACAAUGCCCCACCACCUACAUUAUACGAAGAUGGGUUGUUGGAAAAAGGAACCACUAUUUCCUCCACCGGUGCCUUGAUGGCCUACUCUGGUGAGAAAACUGGCAGAUCGCCAAAGGAUAAGAGAAUUGUUGACGAGUCUACUUCAUCCCACAACAUCUGGUGGGGUCCAGUUAACAAGCAAGUCGAUAUGUUGACUUGGAAAAUCUCGAGAUCCAGAGCUUUGGACUAUUUGAGAACUAGAGAGAAGUUGUUUGUCGUGGACGCUUACGCCGGAUGGGACCCACGUUACAGAAUCAAGGUCAGAAUUGUGUGUGCUAGAGCCUACCACGCUUUAUUCAUGACGAAUAUGUUGAUCAGACCUACGCCAGAAGAGCUUGCUGACUUCGGCGAGCCUGACUUCACUAUUUACAACGCUGGUCAAUUCCCGGCAAACAUUCACACAAAGGGCAUGACUUCAGCGACCUCGGUCGAGAUCAACUUCAAGGACAUGGAGAUGGUCAUUUUGGGUACUGAGUACGCAGGCGAGAUGAAGAAGGGAAUCUUCACUGUCAUGUUCUACUUGAUGCCAAUCAAGCACCAAGUUUUGACUUUGCACUCGUCUUGUAACCAGGGCAAUGAGAAGGGAGAUGUUACAUUGUUCUUUGGCUUGUCCGGUACCGGUAAGACCACGUUGUCUGCUGACCCAAACAGAAAGUUGAUUGGUGAUGAUGAGCACUGCUGGUCAGACAAUGGAGUCUUCAACAUCGAGGGUGGCUGUUACGCUAAGUGUUUAGACUUGUCUGCGGAGAAGGAGCCUGAGAUCUUCAACUCCAUCAAGUUCGGUGCCAUUUUGGAAAACGUUGUUUACGACAAGGAGACCAAGGUUGUGGACUACGAGAACUCUUCGAUCACUGAGAACACCAGAUGCGCCUACCCAAUCGACUACAUUCCAUCCGCCAAGAUCCCAUGUUUGGCCGAUGUGCACCCAACCAACAUUAUCUUAUUGACAUGUGAUGCCAGUGGAGUCUUGCCACCAGUUUCUAAAUUGUCCAACGCCCAGGUCAUGUACCACUUUAUCUCUGGUUACACCUCCAAAAUGGCUGGAACUGAGGAGGGUGUCACGGAGCCACAAGCUACUUUCUCAGCUUGUUUUGGUCAGCCGUUCUUGGUCUUGCACCCAAUGAAGUACGCUCAGCAAUUGUCUGACAAGAUCUCCAAGUACAACGCCAAUGCAUGGUUGUUGAACACCGGAUGGGUUGGUGCCUCUGCUGCCACUGGCGGAAAGAGAUGCUCCUUGAAAUACACCAGAGCAAUCUUGGAUGCUAUUCACGAUGGCUCUUUGUCGCAAGUUGAGUACGAGAACUUCCCAACUUUCAACUUGCAGAUUCCAAAGAGCUGUAACGGAGUGCCAUCCGAAAUCUUGAACCCUACCAAGGCAUGGACCACAGGUGACGCUGCUUUUGAGAAGGAAAUCAAGUCCUUGGCCGGUAAGUUCGCCGAGAACUUCGAGAAGUAUGCUGACCAAGCCACAUCUGAAGUGAAGGCUGUUGGCCCAGAAGCUUAAAGAUUCAAAAUUCAUAUAACCUAGCACUAAACAUAGUUUUACAAUAUUUAACACGACUCAUUUUUUACAAAGAAAGGACUAACGAAGGAGAAAAAUAAAUAAAGCUUAGUCAGUCGCAACACCCUCAAGUUGAAAGCUUAUGGGGAGCGUUAAGAGCUUGUGGGGAAUUUGAAGACCUACAUGAAAGGUAAUUCUGGGAGAAAAAAACAGUUCCACAUUCGCGACUCAAUACAGGCUGAGGGUAUUUUUCAUCCUG